CCGCCUUAAGGUAGAAUCAAACUAAAAACCUAGAUGGACUGCCUGCCUUCAGUUUUAUUUCAAGCUUUAACAAGUUGUGUAUAAUUAUUUUGUAUUGUCUUACCAGAACCUUUCGUUAUGCUUAGAAAUUGUUCAGCAUAGUCGAAUUCACACAAAAGCAGUUGUACAAAUACUUGAAAAGCAUUUUCACGUUCUCUGUCCUAAAGUCUUUUUUUCUUUGUGUGUGUAUGUGCUAUUACAUGAAUUCUUUCAAGUCUGGAUGAUUUUUUUCUUUUUCCACAUGUCAAGCUGGGGGUGCUUUGGCUGGAACAAAUGUCUGCCGCUACUGUUUUGAACUGGAGUGCAUGGAAAUCUGUCAGUGCCCUUUGCUGCACGGCCGCUGACUCAUGUCUGUUUAUCAGUUGCAUAAGAUUACGCUGCGAUGCUUAGCUGACCCCCGGAAGGUGGUCGAAAAUGUCGUCCAGACCUCACUCUCCACGGGGUUGUUUGUGCCAUUGCUAGCAAAAGCACACUAUGGAAGCAGAAAGAACACACACCUCGUAGAUUGCCCCAUUGACAGUGGUGGUAUACAUGAACUAGUGUCCUGCCUCAUUAUGCAACUCUCCAAACACGGUCUGGCUACUGUGACAAAAGAUGGCAAGUUGACACCUGUGGCCAACAUAACAGAUAUGGAUGGAAAAUGGAUACCAUAUGACACAUGACUACUGGAUGGUUGAAUUUUCUCUCCUCUACAGGCAUGGUUUAUCAAGCAAGGGAAAUAAUGACUAAGACGAAGAAAAUCACUGCUUAUCACUGAGGUCUUCUGAAAGCCAUUUACAACGUAACCUAUGGUUUUCUGUUCAGGAGUCUUAAGACUUAAUAUAGGAGUAAUUUAUUGUGUUGAGGUUUAGUUUGUGGAUGUUAUGUUGGUUUCUAAGCCCCGAGGUGUAGGGGGUCUUUGUAAAAUUGUGACUAAAUUAGAGAUAAUGCGGAGAUAUAACUGUAGCAGACGGCAAGUUGACAGCAGGAUAUGGGAGUUUUGUAAGCCACAUCCAAACCACUGAUGUUUGAUUUGGGUUUUUACUGAUUUAGAUAUGAAAAAAGUCUACUUGAUUAAAUCAUCUCAAUAUAUAUAUAUGGGAAAACCUUAAAAAUUGAUCGCUCAUUUCCUGGUUUUUUGAAUAAAAUUAACCAUUCAUAAAUUACAACUCAUGGUUUUGAAUACAGGUGCACAAGUUGUCUAAGUUGACAAGCGUCAGAUUAAUAUCUAAAUCUUCAAACGGGCAGACUUUACACAGCUCUGUUUCAUAAUCCAAAUGUCCACUUGUCACCUGCUUGCUUUCUGCUACCCUCUACAUUGGAAAUGGGUAUUGCAUGUUCCCAAGUGUUAAAUAAGAAAUAUUUGUAUCUCAUUGAGGCACUUGAGUUUGCUAUUGAAAUCAGUAAUCAACUCUCUUGACAUAGGGGAUAACCCGCACUUUCGCUGUAGUUGGCACUAAGCAGACGUUUUCACUUUUCAAGGGUCCCCACAACUGCCAGAGGAUUUGUUGCCAGGCACAUGUCACCGUGAGGCACAAUUAUUGCUGCAGCUAAUUUACAACCACUUUAUUAAAUCCUGGUUCAAGUAAGAAGGAUAGGAUGCUAUUUGUAUUAGUUAUAAUCAGUGUUCAUUCUUUGGCUUCCACAACAAGCUUGAACCUUCUGUAGAAUGAUGUGACCACUGUAAUUCUUGUGCUAUACAGUUAUGUAGGUAUACGUAAUGAACAAUGGUACAAUGCAGUAAACAAUAGAGUUAUGUGUCUGGAAAUUGCACUUAGGGUUUCAGGGUUAAAUGUUCUUGAUCCAUUCCUAAUCCUUUUCUGGUACCUUAUGUUGUCUAUCACCUUUCUACAAUGAACUCUGUUCUGCAUGACUUCAUCAUCCUCGUCUUUCUUUAACGGGUGAAAUUGGCUCUACUAGAUAUUGUCAUUACUUAAACAAUUGCCAUUGUCUUUGUAAAAGGACCAUUUGAACUACAUUUAGAAAUGUAAUUAUUUUAAUUUUUGUUGAUCUCAUAGGGGAAUUGAUUGUAGGGAUUUCAGGAGCUGUCAAAACAGAUCUUUUUGCCCUUAGGGCUUGAGUGUUUGUGAUUUUGUGAACCUUUGUAUGAGAAAAAUAGAUCUUUCAGAAUGCACAGUUUGAAAGCCUUUUAAAGCCUAGUUAAUGUGUACUACAGAAUGAUGGCAAGGGUGAGAUUCUCUAAAAGUGAUCAGCUUAAUAUAAAUCCCAAGGCUGUACUUUUAAACAGUGGUGCUAUGUGAUAUUUUCAGUCCAGCUGAAUGUCACUUAAAUAUUUUUUUCCAUAAAGGUACGGAAUGUAAAUUAUUUAGAUGCUUCCUAAUAAUGUGGGGGGAAUGCCAGUUCCUGUGGUGACAUGCCAUAUAUGUUUCCAAAUACUGUGUCAAAGGAUGACAAAAAUGAUGGAUAUAAUGAUCUAAUAAUCUAUUUCUGUGGUCAGAGCCAGGGUUAGAGGGGUGACUGUCAACCUGGCAAUCAGAGGAGGUGUCUUGUCAAAGGCUUAUGACUCCUCUUAUCAACUUGAAAUUACUAAGUGUAAUGAUUAUGCCUUUAUUCAGAUGAUAAAUACCAAGUAUGGAGCACUUUAGAUGGAA